AUGAUGACAACUCCAGAAGCUGUCAAGAAGAAGAAUUAUGCCAGUGUGCAUGAGGCAGUGAGAGCUGGUGAGGUAGAACAACUUGCAGCCAUGAUAAAAAGUGGAGCUGACAUUAAUGAGGUGGAUUUAGUCCACAAUUUCACACCUUUGCACUGUGCUGCACACUCUGGAAGUCUGGAGUGCCUUCACUGGUUGCUCUGGCAUGGAGCUGAUGUAAAACAUGUAACUGUCAGAGGCUGGACAGCAGCUCACCUUGCCGCCAUCCGAGGUCAGGAUGCUUGCAUGCAGGCUCUGUUAAUAAAUGGCGCAGAGGCAGAAGCCCCCGAUGAUCGUGGCUGCACACCGUCGCACUUAGCUGCGGCCCACGGGCACUCCUACACCCUGCUAACCAUUCUGCGAAGCGGAGCGGUAGACUUCUGCCCGCAAUUCCUUGGGGCAGAGCCAGAGUCUGGUAUCUCUUUCUAAACACAGCUCUCCCUAAAUGUGAAUGUUUCAGACAGGAAUGACUGGAAGCCGGUUCAUUAUGCUGCUUUUCAUGGCCGCUUGGGGUGUUUGCAGCUUCUUGUUAGAUGGGGAGCAUAUAGAGAUGCUGUGGAUAACAAUGGAAACCUUCCAGCUCAUCUGGCAGCAGUAGAAGGACAUUUGCAUUGCUUUAAGUUCUUGGUCAGUAAAAUGGCCAGUGUCAGGCACACACUGGAAGCCAGGAAUAACCAAGGAGAGACUCCAAGGGACUUGGCUGAACGAUUCUAUAAAGAGAAUAUUCUGAAAUAUAUUGAUGGUGUGGAAAGAGAGGGGAAGCUUCCAGAGACACAUGAAGUUUUAGCUUUCCCAGCUCAUGGUGCUGCUUUCAAAGGGGACUUGUUAGUGCUUAGAAGAUUAGUGAGAAGUGGAGUAAUCAAUAUUAAUGAGCGGGAUGAUGAGGGAUCCACUCUCAUGCACAAAGCUGCUGCACAGGGGCAUAUCCAUUGCUUGCAGUGGUUGAUUGAAAUGGGAGCUGACUGUGACAUUAAAAAUGAUGCUGGACAGACUCCAAAGGAUGUAGCCAAGAGAUUUGCCCAAGUGGCAGCUGUGGAUCUUUUGACAGAAGUAACUGGAGACUGUGACUCUAGUGAUGAAGAACUAGAUGCAAACAACGUGAAGUUUUUUGAAAGACAUAGUGUGGAAGGGAGUACAGAUAGCAAAGAAGAUUUAACCCUGGACAAAGAACAGAGAAGGCAUGCACGCAUAAGGGCCUAUCGCAAGAUCCAAGAACUUCAGCAACUUCUAGAAACUGCCUACAGCAACUAUAGGCAGCUGGGAGGAAUAACUGAGGAGGAGAAGAGGCUGAAAAAAGAAGAAAGGGAAGUUGAGAAGGCUGUGAGGGAGCUGGAGGCCCAGCUGGAAUAUGAGCGUGUCAGGCGGGAGAAGCUGGAGAGCCAGCUGGAUGGCUGCCGUGCUGAGAUAAGCCACCUUAGAAAGAGCCUGGAGAAAACCUGCACACCUCCUUCUGUCCUCGUGGAAGCUGAGACUAUCUCCAAGUCUUGUAAAGAGAAAAAGAAAGUAAAGAAGAAACCAGCCUGCAGCCCUGGAGGAGUCUUUGUGAGACUGCGUUGA